GUCAGCGUGAACUAAUUACUGUUCAGGAUGUCCGGUGACUGUUGCCCGCUUUUCCUCCGCGCAUGCGCACGACGCGUUCGAACGGUGGAAACUUUCAGUGCAGUUCAGGUGAGGCAGUGGCACACAGGUAGUUGUUUACGCCGGGCGGGCCCCGUGGUGAGUAGGGAGGCAAGACAGUCUGUCUGUCCCCUAUCUGUGUGAGUGUGUGCCGGUUGUGGGUCGCAUUUCGUUCGUCUCAGCAGCGGGCUGAAGGACUGGCGCAGGUGUAAAAAUGUCAAGCGGAUACGACACGGAGAAGGGGCGGCCUGCCAGAUCCAGCAGCCGCGCCAUCGUCUUCGCUGUUCUAGGAGCGGCCGUCAUCAUCGGCAUCGGGUUGGCGAUUGGUCUGGGGGUGGGUCUUCGGUCACGUGACGACAAGACAUGUGAGACGCCAAUCACCAGCGAGCAAAGUCAGACUUUCAAGUCCGGUCAUGGCGAGUACCGCUUCGCCAGCGUGGCGGCCGACUCGGCCCUGUGCUCCAAGAUUGGCACUGAAAUUAUGGGCCGCAAGGGAGGUAACGCCGCCGACGCAGCGAUUGCCGCUGCUAUCUGUGCAGGACUUAUGAGCGCCCACAGUUCCGGUAUAGGAGGCGGGGUAUUUAUUGUCUUCUACAACAGGACCUCCGGACAGGCCAUCACCAUCAACGCGCGAGAGACAGCACCUGCUGCGGCCUCCCAGGACAUGUUCGUCAACAACCCGAGCUUGUCUACUUACGGGGGUCUGGCCAUCGGGGUGCCGGGGGAGCUGAAGGGCUUGUGGCGGCUGCACCAGGAUCAUGGGCGGAUCCCGUGGAGGGACCUACUGACCCCUACCAUCGACUUGUGUCGCCAGGGGGCACCACUAUCCAAGGCUCAGUAUGACGCUGCAGUGCAAAAGAAGAGUGAGCUGGUGAAUAACCCGGAAUUCAGGGAGAAGCUGGCCCACACUCUACAGAUCAUCGCCGAUGAGGGAGCUGAUGCAUUUUACAACGGAACACUUUCACAGAUGAUCGUUGACGACAUCCGGGACAGCAAUGGCACCAUCACUAGGGAGGACCUGGCCGACUACACAGUUGAUGUGACGUCGCCGGUCACCUUCAACGUGACGUCAUCUGGGUUGACAGUGUACUCCAUGCCGCUACCUGGCAGUGGAGUGGUGCUCGGGUACAUCUUCAACAUCUUGUCUGGCUAUGGGUUCACCCCGGACAGCAUGUCGACGACAGACAAGGCGGUUCUGACCUACCACCGCAUUGUAGAAGCCAUGAAGUUCGCUUACGCCAAGCGGUCAGAACUGGGCGACCCCAAGUUCCUCAACAUUUCACAGCUGGUGCACAACAUGACGUCACCGGAAGUAGGGCAGGAGAUACGCGCCAAGAUCAGCGACGACAAAACGCACGACAUCCCUUACUACGAGCCGUCUUUCUUCAACAAGAACGACAAAGGCACCUCCCACACCUCAGUGUUUGAUGGGGAGGGCAACGCUGUGGCCAUCACCAGCACAGUUAACCUAUACUUUGGUUCUAAAAUGAAGGGUAACAGGACGGGUAUCAUCUUCAACAACGAGAUGGACGACUUCUCCACCCCGAACACCACCAACGCCUUCGACGUCCCCGCCUCCCCGGCCAACUUCAUCCAGCCUGGCAAGCGACCUUUGUCCUCCAUGACCCCAAGCGUUUUCGUUGACUCCAAGACAGGAGAGGUCAAACUGGUGGCUGGUGCGUCUGGUGGGACCAAGAUUACGACAGCUACUGCCCUGGUGGCGAUGAGGACGCUUUGGUUUAACGACUCUUUAGUGGAAGCCGUGGAUGAUCCCAGAGUGCACCACCAGCUAUUUCCGCCAGAGAUUCACGUGGAUCCAGGUUUCCCGAAGGACAUUCAAGAUGGUCUGGUUGCCAAGGGACACAAAGUGGUUGCUCAGAGCGGCUCUGUGGUGCAGGCCAUCUUGAAUGAAGACGAACGACUAUACGCAGUGUCGGACUGGCGGAAGGGCGGCGCUCCAGAUGGAUAUUAAUAAUAAUAAUAAGGAUGCUAAUACACUUCUUGUCUCAUAUCCAUCACGCUGCAACCAAGUCAUUUACCACCCACCCCUCCCGAUACAAAAUCCCUACAUGGUAGUAGAGCUUUUCUUCAGACUCAGUCCAUCCUCCUCCUCUCUCUCUCCUGUUUUCUUCCAGUUGACCCAGAUGUUGAAUGGAUUCCGAUUGUUUAGAAGUCUGGAAAGGUGAGGCAGAGAAGGGGAGGAGAAUGGAACUUCCCUCCAUUCUGUUUCCGAGAUGAGUGCGGUCUGUAAACACCUCGGUUCCAAAUGACUGAAGCUACUUCAACUAUAACCUUUCGCUGAUCAAUUACCAAAUUUCGUUUAAUCAGGUCAAGAAACUUCAAUCUUCAUUGUUACACACGUAACAUAUGUGCAUAUGUGGGUAGGUGGGUCGAUCGGGGGGUGUGCGUGUGCGGGGAGGGGUGGGUGGGUCGGUGUGUCUGUGUAUGCGUGCGCGUGUGUAAACUUGAAAGUAUAUUGUGCGUGCGUGUGUGUGUAUGUGUGUUUGAGAGAAGAGGGGAUUGCGAAUGUGCACAUCCACUAUCAUGUAAUCAGACGUUUGUCUUUGUUUACAAGUAGUAAAGUCUUGCGCAAACAAGUCACGGGUAGCUAUUUUUACAUCUUUUAGUUUGUUAAUUAUUCAUUUUUCAAAUCAAUGAAAGCCAUUUGAUGUGUUGAAACUGACUUUCUACAUUGUCAAGAAAAUGUCAAGAAUACAUUAAGAAAGCCGAAAUACAGUACUAAACACAU